UUCUCGCGCCCUUCCGCGGCGCCGGCGGAGCAAACAUGGCCCACGCUGUACGGGCGCUGUGGCCCCACGGGCGAGCUGUGGCCUGGAGGCUGGGCGAUCGGCCGGCGCUGGGACUCCACGCGCACAGCCGGGCCGGCUUCACCAGGGCAGCGGGAGGCUCAGGCCCCGCCGCUACGGCCCGCAAGGGGGGUCCACGGCUUCUGGGGGCGGCGGCGCUGGCCCUGGGUGGCGCCCUGGGACUAUACCACACGGCGCGGUGGCACCUGCGUGCCCAGGACCUCCGCGCAGAGCGCUCGGCCGCACAGCUCUCCCUGUCCAGCCGCCUGCAGCUGACGCUGUACCAGUACAAAACGUGUCCCUUCUGCAGCAAGGUCCGCGCCUUCCUCGACUUCCACGCCCUGCCCUACCAGGUGGUGGAGGUGAACCCCGUGCGCCGGGCCGAGAUCAAGUUCUCCUCCUACAGGAAGGUGCCCAUCGUUAUGGCCCAGGAAGGAGAGAGCUUGCAACAACUGAACGACUCCUCUGUCAUCAUCAGCGCCCUCAAGACCUAUCUGGUGUCGGGGCAACCCCUGGCGGACAUCAUCACCUACUAUCCGCCCAUGAAGGCGGUGAACGACCAGGGCAAGGAGGUGACCGAGUUCUGCAACAAGUAUUGGCUCAUGUUGGAUGAGAAGGAGGCCCAGCGGAUGUAUGGGGGCAAGGAGGCCAGAACGGAGGAGAUGAAGUGGCGGCAGUGGGCGGACGACUGGUUGGUACACAUCAUCUCCCCCAACGUGUACCGCACGCCGGCCGAGGCCUUGGCCUCCUUUGACUACAUUGUCAAGGAGGGCAAUUUCGGGACCGUGGAGGGCGCCAUGGCCAAGUACGUGGGCGCAGCUGCCAUGUACUUCAUCAGCAAGCGGCUCAAGCGCAGGCACCACCUCCGGGAUGACGUGCGGGAGGAUCUCUACGAGGCUGCCAACAAGUGGGUGGCAGCUGUGGGCAAAGACCGGCCCUUCAUGGGGGGCCAGAAGCCGAACCUGGCUGAUCUGGCAGUCUACGGCGUGCUGCGUGUGAUGGAGGGUCUGGAGGCCUUCGACGACCUCAUGCGUCACACUCACAUCCAGCCCUGGUACCUGCGGGUGGAGAAGGCCAUCGCCGAGGCCCCCCAGUGAGCUGAGCCUCGUGGUCGCUGCCGGGGGAGGGCGGAAACAGCAGAAGAUGCCGGCUGCGAAGGACCAGGGCCGCUGGGCCAGCAGUUGGCGACGCUGAGAUACUGUGUAGCAGGGGACAGGAUCAUUCGGCCUCUUGCGCACCCCACCCUGGCAGCCCCCUCGCUUCUAACACUGGAUGUCUGCUGGGGCCCUGGGAGACAAAGCCCAGGCUCGGUUUGCAUCCACGGGGCACGGAAGGCUACCCCACUCCACACUGGCCCCGGGGGGCUGACCCUCCCCGACUCCCUGCUGGGCCUCCCUGCUCUCAGCCUUCUCUGGGGCUCUUGAGGCUGCCCUAUCUGUGCUGCAUGGUGGGAGUCAGGUCAGGCUCCUGCCCUGAGCAAGGGAAGCAGGGACCCUUUGGUUUUGGGAGACCCCAUCCUUGGCUCCCUCUGGUUCCUGCUGUUCCCAGGUGCCCCCCCCCCCCCCCCCGGGACUGUGUAUCACGUUUGCAAUAAAGAAAAGGUUUGCGGCUC